AUGAGGAAUCCACAUCUACUCAGCGAUGGCUGGAAGACAAUCAAUGCAAAGGAUGCAACUGGGAAUAAAAAGUUUAAACGAAAAGGUCGGGACCCAAAACGUGUCACCAGUGAAGAAGUCCAAAGUUUCGAACAUGAUUUAAGAAUGGAAGACGACUCUAUGGGGGAACUGAUGGAAGAGACAUGUAGAAACCGUGUCCAAAAAAGACUGCAGGACCCUGGUACAGUUUUAUCUGUGGAGAAAUCUAUCAUUUCAUCUGAAAACCCGAAUAUUGCUAUUGACAUGAGGAUAUAUGCUUUACCAUCUACAGUUACUGGGACGCUCCCAUCGCAGUACGAGUCAACAUCAACAAGCAGAGACUCUUUUCACAGCACAUUCCCACAGGCUACAAGUUAUGACCAUCAACAGUCAUUUGGGUCCGAUCACACAUUACAGUCCCGGAUCGUCCUGUGCCAGCGCUCGGAGAGGUCCCUUUCCUCAGCUUCUCAGGCGUCCUACAUCAAUAGCAGCGACCUGGUGGAAUCGCCAAGGAAACGGCUGGGAGAAACGUCUGGCGUCAUCACUGAGAUCAAAGCCGUUCAGCAGACACGGAGGCUACUGGCGAAUGCCAGAGAGAGGACCCGGGUGCAUACCAUCAGUGCAGCCUUUGAGGCGCUGAGAAAGCAGGUAUUUCCACUGAAUUCACUAAACACACAACGCCCCUUGUACAGAAUGUUAUGUUUAUGCUGAACUCAGAGUAAGUUGUUGCACUUAAAUGCCCAUUUCGGUGUGUCAACUGUAUGGAGACAUGUCAAUUAUGAAAAUGAUGGUGAAUUUAACCAUAAAACAGACCUACUUGAGUACUAACUGUAUGGCCCCUUUUAGAGAAAGUGUAUUAAAUUAAUUUCAGUGUAAAUAAUGCACAGUUUGCAAGGCCACAUUAAAGAUAUGAGAAUGAUCAAUGAAAAAUCUUUAAGAUAUGUCAGUCCAAACAGUUGAAUUGUCACUCUGAUGAUACCUCUCACAAUGUCAGAAACAAGAUGUCAAAUGCAUAGGAAACAGGGAACACGUUUCUUAAUGACAAAGCUGUUCACACUCCAAUAGGCCUGAUACAGUAUGUGUGUGUACUAUGAACUAUCAAUGGCAACUAAAAUGAAUAACUCUUAGUUUACCAAAUCCAACAUGAAAUCUCUAUCCCUUUGAAAAGAAAAUCAGGGAAGUUGUCACUGUGAACCCUUUUUACUGCGUCAUGUCAUCACCAGCUGUUUUGGCACAUAGAAAGACAUGGUGGAAAACUGUCACAUGUGACACCAACUGACACCACCAACAGUAACUAAAGAGUAUAUACAGUAGCCUAACUAAAAACCUCCUAAACUUGGUUAUAUCAUCCGCUCAUAUCAGUAUAUGAUAUACACUGAGUGUACAAAACAUUAGGAACACCUUUCCAUGACAUAGACUGACCAGGUGAAUCCAGGUGAAAGCUAUGAUCCCUUAUUGAUGUCACUUGUUAAAUCCACUUAAAUCAGUGUAGAUGAAGGGGACAUGGAUUGUGUAUGUGUGCCAUUUAGAGGGUGAAUGGGCGAGACAAAAGAUUAAAGUGCCUUUGAAUGGGGUAUGGUAGUAGGAGCCAGGCGCACUGGUUUGAGUGUGUCAAGAACUGCAACGCUGCUGUGUUUUUCACACCAUCCAAAGGACAACUAGCCAACUUGACACAACUGUGGGAAAUAUUGGAGUCAACAUGGGCCAGCAAACAUGUGGAACGCUUUCGACACCUUAUAGAGUCCAUGCCCUGACGAAUUUAUGCUGUUCUGAGGGCAAAAGCGGGGGUGCAACUUAAUAUUAGGAAGGUGUUCCAAAUGUUUUGUACACUCAGUGUAUAACCAAACCUAACCAAAUUGUAACCCUAUACAGGUGCCCUGCUACUCCUAUGGACAGAAGUUGUCAAAGCUGGCUAUAUUAAGAAUCGCCUGCAACUACAUCCUGUCGCUGGCUCAGCUUGCAGACCUGGACUACACCCCAGAUCACGGCAACAUGAGCUUCCGAGAGUGCGUGGAGCAGUGCACCCGCACCCUGCAGGCCGAGGGACGCUCCAAGAAGAGAAAGGUAAAUUGGAUCUAGGGAAGAGAAGGGAGGGCGAGAUUCAGUAUUUAGGCUUUUGUCUAACGACAGUCUGGCCUGGGAUUUUAUCCUGUGCAUGUCUUCUUUGGCUGAAGGCCUCAUGCAGCAAUGACUAGGUGGGGUGACAUUGACAUGGAAAUGGAAUCCUGCAAGUGGAAAGUACUCAAGCACACAGAUGGAGACAUUGCUGAGGGAUUGUAAUAAGUUUGCUUUAAAGUUCAAGGCUAUCAAAAAUGGAGCAGGGCCUCUGAAGCAUCAGUAGUUAAAGAGAGGGAAUGGAAAGCCAAGUCAAAGCCAGCUUCUAAUUCAAACGUGUUUAUUACAAUAUAGCAGAUCAAUAACAUGAAACAUAAACUAUGCUUAUAAACAAGGCCAUUGAUAAAGAGCAACAGGUGACCGUACAAGACCAAUCAAAUAAUUGGUCAUGGAUAUUUUACUUUAAAAUAAAGCUAAUUGAAUGGAGCUUUUCAUUAUUUUCUUUCUGCUAGUUAAACACCUCUCCUCCUUCACUGUCAUGUCAUUUCAUUUUUGAAUGACUGGUGAAUUGAUGCUAUCACAGCAGUGAAAACUUCCCUUUGACUGAUCAGGAAGCUGCAAAGAUAAUUUUGAUGGUUCCUGUCGGAAAACAUGGGGCAGUGUGACAGACAGAGGGAUGGUAAUUCUAACGAUAACAAAAGAGGAAAGAAUACACUGUCUCCAAUUAAGAGAGGCAUUCCUUUGCCUAUUAGGGAUCCCAUUAAAUUAAAUCAUCAUCAACUCGUGUUUGAAAGGGAACUGGGUGUUCCGCCAGUUUUUCGUCCAGAACAGAAGAAAAAGUGCCCCGGGUGAAUAAAAGGGGUGAUUGAUGCCUUUGUGUGCAGUUUUAUGACACUGGGAGUCAUGUAAACUGAGGCUGAACUUCCUCCAGCUCUCUCCUGGAUCCACACAUCUGCAUGGUCUCUCUAUAAAUCAACAGGGUUUUUAAUGCACGGAUGAGAUCCAAGCAUGGAGAACGUUGAUUUACACAUUAACGUCUUAACACUGUUCUAUCAAUUACUUUCCCCCCAGUUCCUCAUCUGUCCCCUGUCAGUCUUCUCCUCGGUCACGUUAUCUCUCAUUUAUUCUCCAGAUUUUUCUAUCACCCUCUCAUUCACUUUCCUCCCAUAUUUAAUGGUGAAACAACAUUAUAAUUGAAUCUACAUUUUAAACACAUUGUUAGUCAUUUAGUCAUAUCUGGAAAGUAAGUGCCCAAAAGUGAUUAAUUACAUUUUUUUAUGUAAUUUGGGUAAAUGUCACAGAGAGGAUUCCAGCUGAUCUUCAUUUAUUGCCAAAACUAAUACCAUAACACAAAUAAGUUGAUUACCCCUGACUAUUCAUUAAAGUAUUGAUUAAAUAAAUAAAAAAACUUAAAAAAAAAACUUAAACAAGUUGUAUUUCAUAUACAUAAAUCGCAAAUUACAUCUUCAAACUUUUUUUUACAUCCCCUGUAAACAGGUUGAUGAAAACAUUUUAAAACGUUUCUUAAAGGAAAUAAUAACACAAUGAUGAAUUGAGUUUUUGUUCAUAGAUUACAUAUCCAACAUAAUUACAUGCAUGUAACUUUUCCCUGCACUCCUAGUGCUCUGCUCCCUCUAGCUCUCUCUCCCUCACUGUGAGCUAAUGUGUUUCACUAGCAUAAGCGCAUUCACAAGGAAACUAGCUGAGCUGCUUUUUUUCCUGGCAGUCCCAGACACCAGAUGUUUGCAACGCUAGUUGGGAAGUCCUGCUGGCGCCACUCAGGGCAGAGGGCAGGGUGAAGGCACGCGAGCUGAAGCCCAGAGAACUCACUCGCUGCAGGAAUUGGCACAUUCCCCAGCACGGUGCUGGCACAUUCCCCAGCUCUCCCUUGGCCAUCUGUUCCAAAAAAACACUUUGA